GCUAUUCGCUCUUUUUACAGCGGUCUGGCAACACUGCGAUGAUUUAAAUUUCGAGGAACUGCCACCUUACCGAAGCACUGCCACCACAAUUGCGAUUUUCAAAUCGUAUAUCAAAAUAUUCAUAUUCGUGCCCCAACCACUCAAGUGCCAAAAAUACCAAAAACAAUCAAAGUCAAGUAAAAUUAAAUCCAAAAAUGUUGAUACGUAAAUAUUCGCCAGAUUUGUGAAAUUGACAACAACAAAAGCAACAAAAUCUCUGAAUACUCGACUCUGACGGCAUUGCGCAUUUCCAUUCGGGGAAUCACUUGCGCUUCGUCGGCGAACAGAAGAAGAACAGGUUGCACGCAACAGUAGAAACAGCAGCAGCGAUAAAAACAAUAGGAAAAAUGUCUGCGAGAGGUACACGACAAGUGCAGCGCAAUCUGUGGGCCUCGCUCCUGGCGCUCCUGGUGAUCCUGUACUGGGCAGAUCCCACGGGCGGCUACUUUGCCGCCCUUGACGAGACCGAAACGAACAAAAACUGCUUCUGCGAGUUGGAGGGGUCCAUCAACGAUUGCAGCUGCGAUGUCGACACUGUGGAUCACUUCAACAACAUGAAGAUCUUUCCCCGCCUCCAGUCGCUGCUCGUGAAGAACUUCUUCAGGUUCUACAAGGUGAACCUCAGACAGGAAUGCCCUUUUUGGCCAGACGACAGUCGCUGUGCUAUACGCUUCUGUCAAGUGGAGAAUUGCGAGGAGCAGGCCAUACCACAGGGCAUCAAGGACAAGGGUGAACACAAAGAGAAAGCUGCCGCAUUCAAGUAUUCACGCGAGGCACAAUCGGCCAACGGCUGCUCGGAUGCCGAGGACUUUGACAGCGCCCUGGGUUUCCUGGACACGAGCAUCAGUGAUCAGGCGCACCGGGAAUUCGAGCUGUGGGCGAAACAUGACGAGGCUGAAGAGGAUUUCUGCAUAGUCGAUGACCACGAGGAGGGCUCGCAGUAUGUCGAUCUGCUGCUCAAUCCGGAGCGGUACACCGGCUACCGGGGAGAGUCAGCCCACCGCAUCUGGAAGAGCAUCUACCUGGAGAAUUGCUUUGGUGGCAACAACGAGACGGCAAACAAGUUCUCCAACUAUGUCCCGCACUUGGAUCUGCGGAAUGUGUGCCUGGAGCAGCGCGCCUUCUACCGCAUCAUCUCGGGACUGCACUCCAGCAUCAACAUCCACCUGUGCUCCAAGUACCUUCUGUCCGAAUCGAAAGAUUUCCUGGAUCCGCAGGGCAUCUGGGGGCCCAAUGCCCAGGAGUUCAAGCGUCGUUUCAGCCCAGAGACAACUGGCGGCGAGGGUCCACACUGGCUGCGAAAUCUGUACUUCAUUUACCUGGUGGAGCUGCGGGCCCUGGCCAAGGCAGCGCCCUAUCUGCGUCGCGAGGAUUACUACACGGGCAUUGCCGAGGAGGAUGACGAGGUGAAGCUGGCCAUCAAUGACCUUCUCAGCGUCAUAGAAUCCUUCCAGUCGCACUUCGAUGAGAAUGCUCUGUUCAGCAGCGGCAUCGCCUCGAUCAAGUUCAAGAGCGACUACAAAGAGAAGUUUCGCAACAUAUCCAGAAUCAUGAGCUGUGUGGGAUGCGACAAGUGCAAGCUGUGGGGCAAGCUGCAGACCCAGGGCCUGGGCACUGCCCUCAAGAUCCUCUACUCGGAGAAGCUCAAUCUGGCCACUGAGAGCGGUCUGUGGGACAGGCCGCACAUCGAGGCGGAUCCCAUCUUCAGACUAUCGCGUCCGGAGAUUGUUGCUCUCUUCAAUGCCUUCGGCAGAUUAUCAAACAGCAUAUACGAGAUGGAAAACUUCCGACGAGUGCUGAGAUAACCCGGCAAUGAAGAGCCCUCAAGGCGGCAUCAGUCACAUUCAGUUCCCCGGAGCAGCUCGGCCCCGAUGCUCGACUGUCUAUCUAAUUUGUACGCACAUAUUUGGGGCUGUAUUUUUUGGAUCUUGGUAACGAUUUCCCCUUCCCCCAAUAGACACCCAAACACUUGAAGGCCUAGCAGAGAGGCUAUUGCAUCCGGGAAAGCGGCAUGACAUCCUUGUAAAUAAUAUUAAUUACCCCUAGGCUACUUGUACUUUACUGCACUUUACCCGGCCCGACACGACCCAAUCGAACAGAUGCACGGAGGACAGACAGGUGUUUACCAUAAGUUAGAAUAUAUUAUUUAUUGUGGCAGAAGGAGACUCAAACAAAACGCAUUGUGCAAUAGCUCGACCGCGAAAGACACGAAAAUAAAUGUGAGAAAUGUGAGAAAGAUCGAUGUUUACCCCAA